UGUACUAUUGGAUAACAUUGACCGUCAGGGCACUUUUAACACAAGAACAGCUAAGAGGUAAUAUCGUGUUGAAAAUGGCGGAUUCUCCUCCUCGUUUUGGAUCAUUUGUACCAUCAGUUGAUAAACAGCUAGGAGGAUUUGAAUAUGCAAACAAUGGUGAAUGGAAGGAGCCAUUCUACUUUGUUCAAGUAACCGAUAUUCAGUAUGGAAUGAUGGGAACUAUGGUCGGAGGGAAUGAAAGCAAAAGAGGAUGGUCGUGGGAGAUAGACAAUUCAAAUAAGUGUGUUGAGGCACUUAAUAGGAUGGUUCCAAAGCCAAAAUUCGUCAUUGUGACAGGGGAUAUUGCCAACGAUUUACCAGGUCAGCCUGACAGGGAGAACCAAGAAUGCGACUUCAGAUUGGCUUUCUCAAAAUUAGUUCCUUCCAUUCCCUUGUUUUGUAUCCCUGGCAACCAUGACAUUGGAAAUACACCUACACCUGAAACUGUGGAUAGAUACAAAGCCAACUUUGGUGAUGACUACUUUUCCUUUUGGUGUGGUGGUGUGAAAUUCAUUUCUCCGAACACACAGUAUAUCAAGGAUCCCAGUAAGGUAGCAACCCUUAAAGAAGACCACGAUAGAUGGUUGGAAGAAGAGCUAGCAGACAGCAGAGCUAAAGGUUGCAAACAAAUCAUCCUGCUGCAGCACAUACCAUGGUUCCUUAAGACCCCAGAUGAACCAGAUGAUCGUUAUUUCAACAUACCCAUUGAGGAGAGGGCCAAAUGGCUCAAACUGUUCAAAGAAUCAGGUGUGAGGUAUGUUUUCUCUGGUCAUUACCAUCGUGAAUCCAGUGGCAGGGAUGGGGACCUUGAAAUGACUGUGACAUCUGCAUUGGGUGCUCAACUUGGUAGUGAUGAAUGCGGCUUCAGGAUCAUAAAAGUCCAUGGUGAUCAAGUGACUCAUAGAUAUGUCUCGUGUGAUGACGCGCCCUUGGAUAUAGACUUAUCUGUACCCUUCUAACGAGGCUAAUUAGCAGGGAAAUUCACCUGCAUGUUAAUCAAAUGAUACUUCUGGCCUUUAGCCUAUUUACUCAGGGGUCUUUGUGCACUUGUGUGGUCAAUUACACUAACCCGUGUUAACAUCUCGAACAAACCGCUCAGAUUGGUAAGUGAUAAUUUUGGAUGGCAUCACAGAAAAUCACGUGUCUUUUAGAUAGAACAGUCUUAAAAUUUAUUUGUAAAACUACUUACAGUAGAACCUCUCUAUUAAGGACACCCUCGGGACCGACAAGUGCUAUCCUUAAUAGAGAGGUGUCCUGAUUUGAGAGGUCAAAUUGAAUGGAAACAACCAAUUUGGGACCAAACCUAGUGUCCUUAAUAGAGAGGUUGUCCUUGAUAGAGAGGUGUCCGCUAAGGGUGGUUCCAAUGUAUCUGGAAGUUUUUAUUGCACCAACAGUAAAAUGAGUAAAAGUACAUGUAGUAGUGACACUAACCAAUAAUUAGUUGUUCUAGCUACAAAAGUAGCAAAAAAUAACCAUUUAAAUGGUUCAGAAUAACAAUUUCGUUUGUUAAAACCACUAAUUUCUCAGUCAGUGCAAUAAGAAAUACCAGAGUAAAAGAAUUACUGCAGAAUAUUUAAUUUUACCCGAACUAAUCAAUAAUAUGAGUGUGCCAUAACAUGAUAAGAUGUGAUGACAUCUUCAGGUUUGCUUGUGGGUUUCAUAUGAUUCCAUGGAUUAUAUUGAAAAAUUUAUUUUUGUAUGUUCAUGUCGGGUAUCAAUGUGUAUAUCCAAAGAAAGGUGCUCAAUUUUAAGAUUAUUUGUUUGGCCACAACAGUGUUGUAGUCAUGUAGAAACAGAAGUGACACAAAACAGCCAAGUAGACAGGUCGUAGGUCAUCAUCACCGAAUUCAGGUGAUCAGAUGAUCUAUGACUCACCAAUUGGAUGAGCUUAGUGAUGUGGGCAUAUUUAAAUUAUGUCGAAAGCAAUACAAUGAGGGGUGCGGGUUCAAAUCCCUAAAUCUCAAUAAUUGUUUUUCUCAAAUAUGUCUUCUGGUAGAUAAGUUACAAAGAACACAAUUAAAGGCACUUGAUCAGAUUACAGAUCUCAAUGGCAAUAGUGGCUUGAAUAGAAGGCCUAAAAGUUCCCCCAUUACGGGCCUAGAAAUGUGCACGUGGUAAAGAUCUGACUGGAUGUUAGAAGUGAGAAACUAGAGAAUAUGAUUUUGUCAAUGCCUAUGUCGGGACCAGUACAUUGGGCAGGAUUGCACAAGACUUGUGUCGACCUUGUCUCAUCUUCCAACAGCAGGCCUUUGGCUCGCUUCUAAAAUAAACAAUGAUCAUCUGAUAUAAUAUGUCAUCAUAUGCACUCAAUUUCAAAGUAAAUUAACCAGCGGGUUACUCUGUGGUGCCCACACAAAAUCAAUCCAUGCAUAAUUCACAAUUUGUUCGUUUUCCAUAGGACAAAUCAACUGUGCAAUUUUCUCUUUAUUUGAUGGAAAUCAUAUCAUGCUUGAAGAACCUUAUAACCAGAUAAACACAAAAACAUUUUGGUGAAAGACCCAACUACAAAGUUUUUCUAACUUUUUAAAAUAAAAUUUCCUUUCCCAGGACAGGCAAGCUCGGCAAACUGGAAGGCCUGAUAAGAUGCUCGACAAUGUGGGGAAUUUAUUCUCCAGGGUGACAAAGCCCUGAGAAAAUUGGCUCCUACCCAAAUGAUCAUGUGGCAGUCAGACACCCAUUGCCAAAUCAGAGUCUGUCAUUCCAAUUGACGCAUGAUUAGGCACACAGAUAACAGCAUUACGUAUGUGUUAAAACCAAAUUAUCUACACCGAACUCCAAAACCAUUCUGAAACAUCCGCCCAGAGGUAGUCCUAACCAUCGUUCAAUGGUUGAUAUUUAUGAUAUUGUGAUAUUUAUGACAUUGUAUGCCCCUGAUAUGUGGAGGCAGGUCCUGUCACAUCGGGCUCUUGAAUAUAAAUUAUGUCAAAAGCAAUACAAUGAGGGGUGUGGGUCAGAAUCCCUAAGUCUCAAUAAUCCUUUAAAAAAUUGUUUGAUAAUUCAAGAAGUUUGUGAAAGGUGUACUUUUACAAAGCAUUUUAUACUGAAUCAAUUCCUUUUUUGCUGAAGUCAACUAGCCCGUUGUUUUUAAAACGGUUAAUCUUGUACAAAUAAUUGUCUAUAAUUGCCUAUACCGUUUGUUAAAAAUUUUGAAUUUGUCAUUGAAUUUAAAAAUGUCCAAUUGCAAAAA